AUGCUCAUCACCAUUGAAAAAGGCGACACCCUCUGGGAUCUCUGCCAAGAACAUCUCGAAGACCCGCUCCAGUGGCGCGAGUUGAGUAAGUACAACGACUUCACCAACCCGCACCUCAUCUACCCCGGCGAAACAUUGCGUAUUCCGCUCGCUAUGGCAAAAGAUGCUCUUGAUGGUGCCGAAGAAAAACUCACUAUGCAGCAGGAGGGCCUUGAGGAGUUAAAGGUGGAAUUAGCCGAAUCCGAAGCGACGCGGGAUAAACUUGAGGCAGAAAUUGGUGGUCUCAAUCAGAGUAUGAGCAAACUCAAGGGACAACUCAAAGACCUUGAGGACAGCCUGAAAUCACAAAAAGAAUUAAUGAUGGCUGUCACAGAGUCCGGAAACGAAAUCGCUUCUGGUGUCAAAAAAUCUCUUGAAGCCACUAAAACCUCUAUCCUUAACGACAUCGCUCAUCUUGACGAGCAUCUCGAAGGGGUAGAUACGAUGCUCGAAGACCGUAAAAUGAAGGCGGAAGCAACACAUGCACUCAUUGAGGCUAUUCAAGCGGACGCGAAGAUGCUUUUGACGCAGGUUGAGACCAACCAGAAGGCUAUCAACGAAGUUAAGAUGAUGCUUGAGGAUGCCAACAAGGGUAUACACGAGGAACUUUCCACAUCCAAGCGUGCUUUGGUGUUCUUGACUACAGUCGCAGCUGGCAUCGGUUGGUUCGCUCUAAGUACCAUCGGUGGACGCAGCGGCGAGUAA